AUGAAGAGCGGAAGGGGAUCGGACUUACAAGAGAAGGCAUACUGGGAUCUUGGACAAAACGCCAUCAGAGAUAAUUGGUUACCGAGCAGCCACAUUGGCUCGGGAUUGCGCCACAAGGACCUGGGAGGGUGUGAAGAUGGCCCCGAAGAUGUGAAAGAAGCUGAAAGGGUCAGCAUCAUUGGAGGUUUAGUCGAUGUGGUGCACCCCGACAGUCUCGGUCCAGUCGGUCUUCCGAUGAGCAUGGGUCUGUCCCUGUGGGCGACCACUCAAUGCGCUGGAGUGCGUGUCGACGUUCCAGUCCCAGGCUCCCCGCUGCGGGAGCCCCAGGUCUUGCCCGUUUUCGCCAAGCGGGAGAUCCCCAAGAAGCCAUUGAUAACGCCGACCAUCUGGCUAUGGGAUUGGGGGAUUGCGUACCUCCUUAUCCUCCUCGCCGUUCAGCUACAGCUUGGCACCCCGAGGUGUAUGUGCCUCUCUCCUCCCUAUCUGCCGUCGACGACGAUCGAACCGUCCACCUUUCCAAGAAUGGCCUCGCCCGAGUACCACCCACCCAGCUGCGCGUAUCUCCUUGCUGCAAGAUACACGAUCCAGCGCAACGGCGCCCAUAUCAAGAUGAUGGAGCAAAGGAAUACUUAUAGGCCAUGGCAAACCCUGUGCGCCUCCUUGCGACUGGCAACUGUUCAACCCAAGACGCCUUGA